GAAUACAUAGUUCUAAGGACAAUUAGUUUAUUUGAUUCUAAGCAAUUUUGAAAGUCCUGGUUCUAACAAGAGUUUUGAUACCAAUCUUGUUAGGAUCGAACUAAAAAAACUAAAGAUAUGCUAAAAAUUUCAAAAAUUAAACCAUUUUUCAACUCAAAAGCGGGGACCAGGAAUUGGUCUUGGAAUUGGCCGUAGAUUUUUAAAUUCGGCUUACUUUUUUAAAAUUUUUUGGGUACAUACAAAUCGUUGCACCCUAAUGUACACACAUAUACACUCAUAAACACACAUAUGCAUAUUUAUGUUACUUUUGUAAAAAUAAAUUAAUUGGUGCAUGCAAAAACAAUAACAAGUGUUCUCACUACACAAACACACUUAUAUUUCUAUAUCUAUGUGUGUGUGCGUGUGUGUGUGCGUCCUUAAAUGAAACACUGAAUGAAUGGCAAGACAGAGACGGCACGACAAAGCAGUGCAGCAUUACAUACACACUAAAUGCAUGCAUAAAUAAUGUGAUCUUUUGUUUUUGGUGCCACAUGCGACACAAUUGGAGCACAAGCUUUUGUGAGCGCCAAGAGAGAGCCACAAAACCGAACCGAACCGAACACGAACACGAAGCCGAAGCGAAACUGUUCGGCUGUGCGUGAGCGAACGUUUGUUCGGCUCUUCAGCAUCCCAGAUGCAAUGCAAUUGGCUGCCCGGUUCAGUUCAGUGUGUCAGUCAGUCUUUGUGGGUGCAACGGGACGGUCGUACGGUCUGUCGGUCGGUCAGUCGGUCUGUCGUUUUGGUCACGCGAGUCUCCAACAGAUUUUGUACGCGCAGUUCACACGCAAAUCUUUAAUCAAAUUCAAUAAUAAAUCACGAUCAACGAUCGAUUUCAGAGUCAAGGGCCACUCUCCGUGUAGACAACGUUUUUUUCGGGUGGUACCUCUAGGGUGGUACCUCUGGUGUUGGUGGCAUUCCCGCUCUUUGUGCAGCAAGUAUAGGAACCCCGGUAACAAGAUGCUGAUCAUGCUGGCGCUGGCCCUGCUCUCCACUCAUGUCUCCAUGAUGGAGACUCUCUCGAUGCACCGCGACAGCACGGACAUCAAGGACAAGAUCAUUGAGUUGCAGUGCCUGGCACGCUGUGAGAAUAGCACUCAAUCCCAGCGUUGUCUCGAUCACUGCAAAUUGGAAUUGUUGCGUGCUCCAAGAGCUGGGAGUUGUCCCAGCAGCAUGCUCCUCUCGAGACAGGCCCGUCUGUCGUGUCUAGAUAAUUGUGGCCAUGAUCAUGACUGCAUUGAGGUGCACAAAUGUUGUGCCUCCACUUGUGGUCCCAUUUGUGUGGAGGCUCUGGGUCUCCGCAAUGCCACACAGUUGCCGCCUAUACCGCAGAUCUUGCGUUAUAAACUGCCACGCAGUCACAAAGUGGAGCUGACCAUCAAGUCAUCCUUGUUGCCAUACUAUUUCCAUGUGGAGGUGCGUUCCCAUAUCGGACGUCUCUUUGCGACACGCAAACUGGGCGCCUGGCAGUCGCAGCAGGUGGAGAAGAUACUGGAAACCACAGACGGACACAGCAAAUUCAUGGAUAUCUUCUUUAAUAUACGUCCAGGUCGUUGGUACCAGGUGAGAGUGGCAGCUGUCAAUGCCUAUGGAUUCCGUGGUUACUCGCAACCGUCGCAUGCCUUCACCUUGGCCAGCAAUCCGAAGCCACCCAAGGCUCCCAAUGAUUUGAAGAUCAUUUCCAAGCAAUAUGAUGGAAGACAUUAUAUGAGUGUCAAGCUCGUUUGGUGUCCAUCCAAGUCAAAUCUUCCAGUGGAAAAAUAUAAAAUUAUCUGGUCGCUCUACGUGAGCAGCGAUGGGGGAUCUCUCAUAAAACACGAGGCCCACGUCAAGGAUACGCAUCAAUUUGAGAUCGAGAGACUGAAACCCAACUCCUCGUACUACAUCCAAGUGCAGGCCAUGUCCAUCAGCGGCUCGAGACGUUUAAAGUCGGACAAGAAGUCGUUGCUGUAUAAUACAACACUUCAGGCACCCGUGGAUCCAUUCGGAGCUUUGGAUUGCAGCACACACAACGGCAUCCGACAUAGAAAUCAUCAUGGUCUCUCGGAGAUUAGUUCCACGCCAACGAUACACAGCACAACGUCCGCUGCGGAGUUGAAUAGUGCGUCCUAUGAAGUACGUUUCCGGUUGAACCGGAAAUUUGGCAUGAUUGUGCAGAUUUUGGGAUUUCAGCCACACAAGGAGAAAGUCUACGAAUUGUGCCCCCAAGAAACGAACUGCGAACAACGCGAGUUCAGCGCAAUUCGCGUCAAAAAAGAUUCGCUGGAGUUUAGCAAAUUGAAGUAUAAUACAACUUACGUGCUGAAAGCAUUACGUCCAAAUCCCAAUCCCAAUUCCGUAUUGGAUGACAACCGGAACGCGUUCACAUUCACAACGCCCAAGUGCGACAAUUUUCGAAAGCGUUUUCCCAAAAUGCAAAUCAGAUGCAGCGAUUAAUUCUAGUCGAUGAUCAUGAUAAUGAAGAUGAUAAUAAUAAUAAUGAUGAUGGUGGUAUUUGUAUGCCUUAUAGACCAUGAGAUUACACUAGCUUGUAAAUAAUUG